AUGCAGAUGAUGACCCCAGACAUGAUUCGGCUGGCCACAGAGCAGAUGGGGCGCAUGUCACCGGAGGAGUUUAUGAUGACCCCGGACAUGAUUCGGCUGGCAACGGAGCAGAUGGGGCGCAUGACACCGGAGGACAUGCGGCGGGCAGCGGAGCAGAUGAAGCGCCUCAGCCCGCACCAGAUCGCCUCCGCCAUGGGCAGUGCCGGUGCAGGCGGCGGGUGGGGUUGGCGCUGCGGCUGCUGCUGGGGGGAUUUCAGGAGCACUUGGAUGAUGGCACCAGACAUGAUUCGGCUGGCAACGGAGCAGAUGGGGCGCAUGACACCGGAGGACAUGCGGCGGGCAGCGGAGCAGAUGAAGCACUUCAGCCCGCACCAGAUCGCCUCCGCCAUGGGCACUGCCGGUGCUGCUGGGGGGAUCCCAGGGGCAGCAGCGGGAGGAGGGGGAGUGGGAGGAGGUGCAGCAGGGGGGUUGCCGGAUGUGGCAUCGUAUAUGAGCCAGCGGCAGCAGUAUGAGCUAAAUGCUGCAACGAUGCUCAAGAAUGAGGGCAACAAGCUGCAUGGGAUGGGAAAGUACUCAGAAGCUGCAGAGAAGUAUAACAGGGCACGGGGCAAUCUAGCCAUGCAUUCGUCCCCAGCAGCGGUGUCCCUGCGGCGCACGUGUGCAGUCAACCUUAUGUCCUGUCACCUCAAGACCAACGCCUUUGCCCAUGCUGUCUCUGUUGGCACUCAGGAGGCAGCAGCAGACCUGUCCAAAGCAGCAGAGAUCUCACCGGAUGAUGAAACGCUGGCAGGGGUACUCAGGACAUCGAUGAGGGCGACGAUGCUCCUGCUCCCUCCCUGGCUGCCUCCCCUGCUGCCUCUCCUGCUGCUCGGCCCACACCCUGCCUCUUGCGUGCCCAUCCUUCCCUUGCCUGCUGCAGUUUCUCUGGAGGACAUCGAUGAGGGUGACGAUGCUCCUGCUGCCUCCGCUGCUGCUCGGUCUCCCUCCCGACACGCUGCUGCUCGGCCCACACCCUGCUCCUUCUUUUCUCCCGCCUUCUUGCCCCCCCGCCCAUCCUUCCCUUGCCUGCUGCAGUUUCUCUGGAGGACAUCGAUGAGGCCAGCAGUGCCAGCAGCAGCAGGAGCAGCAGCAGCAGCAGUGGGUGACAAUCCGCUGUUCAUCCCUCCCUCGGUGCCCACCAUGUCUCCUGAUCUCUCCGCCACCGACCCUGCUCUCCCAGCAGUGCCAGCAGCAGCAGGAGCAGCAGCAGCAGCAGUGGGUGACAAUCCGCUGUUCAUCCCUCCCUCGGUGCCCACCAUGUCUCCUGAUCUCUCCGCCACCGACCCUGCUCUCGUGCGCAACAUGCAGGCAAUGAUGACGAGCAUGGAUCCAGCAGCAGUGGCGGCGCUGAGUGGCGGCGCCCUAUCCCCCGAAAUGGCCCGCACUGCAGCGCAGCUCGUCGGCUCCAUGUCCCCGGAAGACCUCCAAAAGAUGAUGCGCCUUGCUUCGACCUUUAGCCAAGCGGGGGUAGGGGUUGCUGGGGGGACGGGGAGCGGGGGAGUAGGGGGAACGGGGGGACCAGGGGGCGCAGGGGGAACUGGGGGAGUGGGGGCAGGAAGAUCUGCUGGUGGUGCUGGGAGCGGCGGCGGCGGCAGUGGCAGCAGAGGGAGCGGCAGUGAUGAUUCCGAUCCUGUAUUGACUCCCACAACGGGGAGCGCAAGCAGCAGAAGCACAGCUAAUGCCGCUGCUACUGCUGCUGCUCCUGCUGUUACAGAGACCACGUAUGGCAUGCCUCCAGGAUUUGGGAGAGAAGCUGAGGCAGCAGGGGGGGCAGCAGGACGGGGGGGGUUCAGUGGAGGAGGGGUGGGAGCGGCUGGGAUGCCGGCGCCAGGUGUCGGCGGGGGAUUGGACCCGAUGCAGCUACAGGAAAGGCUGCUGAACGACCCUUCUACUGUGAAGCUGAUGAGCGACAUGAUGCAGCAGCUGAGCGCAGAGGACAUUGCAGCCAUGAGCUCUCGCAUGGGGCAGAGCAUGUCAAUGAGAGCAGGCAGAGUAGAUCUCAUGAGCGACAUGAUGCAGCAGCUGAGUGCAGAGGACAUCGCAGCCAUGAGCUCUCGCAUGGGGCAGAGCAUGUCGGUGGAGCAGGCAGAGCAGGCCAAGCGCAUGAUGCAGGGGCUGGGACCGGAGAGGCUGGCGACGGUGGUAAAACAUGUGGGUCGAGUGGAGCAGAUGGAGCAGGCAGAGCAGGCCAAGCGCAUGAUGCAGGGGCUGGGACCGGAGAGGCUGGCGACGGUGAGCAUGUGGGUGGAGCAGGCAGAGCAGGCCAAGCAGAUGAUGCAGGGUCUGGGGCCUGAGAGGCUGCCACUGUGGUGA